GCCACUUUUUCGCAGCCUGGAGUGCGCUGAUGUAUAUAACACAUUCGUCUCUUGCCAGGAUGGCUAUCGGUAGGUAGGUCAUAUAAAGACUGGCAUUUCAAGAUGCCACCCUCGCUCAAGAUUCGGUGUUGACUUUUGAAGCAAACAUCGGAACCCCAAACCUCGUUUCCCAAGUACACGUUGAAAACUUCCACACAAAGUACGAUAAUAUACCCCGACCCCCGUACACCAACUAUCUCCCCAGCCUUAUCAUCAUGGAGGCCCCUCGCAAGGAUUCCGAUUCUUUCAGCUCUGGACAAUGCACAUCUUGUGCAGCUACGCGAGGCUCCAGUGUCACAGAGUGGCAUGCUGAGGACUGCGUCGAUGCACCCAAGACGUUGAUCCCGGCCUCGCCAAGCUCUCGCGAAGGCUACAGCUCGGCCACCGCCCUCAACCAAACCGACCAUGCCACUGGCCAGAUUUCGUACAGCAGCAUACUUUACCAAGUCGACACGAGCGGGUGCGGGCCUACAGCCGACCCUCUCAGCCCCAACCUGCUAGCCGACUCGCAGCCGCAGCAGUACAACGUGCAGCCGCGCGUCGACUCCCCGGCUCCCAUCUCACAGCUUCAGAGCCGGAGCAGUCAACAGAUGGCCCGGGACGCUCUCGGUUACGAAGACAAUCCCCGCCCUUGCGGCAGGAGACCGCCCUCGGUGCAGCUCGUGUCGUUCUGCCGGGACCUCGAGAGGGAGAACCCCAGGUCCGUUGUGGCGCGAGCCGCCGAGGCCUUUGCCGACGUGCCAGAUAACGUGAGCGAGGCGGACCACGAUGACCUCCGCGCUUGGGGGCAGCACUAUCGCUGGGACCGUCCAAGAGCCAGUGGUGCGGGCCACGUCACGGCCGGGGACCUCUGGUGGGAUGCCGUGUCUCCCUUGAGUCAGCCCCCGUCACCUGGAUAUGGCCAUGGUAGGAAUGUACAGUAAUCGGUUUUCGAUUUCAGAGCUGCGCGUGUUGCAGUGUGGUUUAAAAGAAAGGGGGCAAGGUGGGUAGAAAACGGUACGGGAAAGUGAUUCAGAGGUUGUUUGUUACGUGAUAUAUGUUGAGGUGACAACAUAAAAGCUUGAUCUUGAAUGCAUACAUAUAUGUUGAAUA